CCUGGGAACUGCCAAACAGGAACAGAUUAUUAUAUAGAUGAAACAUCACCUGCCACUGCUGCACCUACAGAUGCAUCUACAUCUGCAUCAACAGGGAGCACAGAUUAUACAACUGAUUAUUAUACUGACUAUACUGACUACACUGACUACACAGAUAGCACAGGGGGUGUUACAGUACCAACUACUGGAGGUGGGGGAGGAGGAGGGGGAGGUAUAAAUAUUCCAGAGCUACCAAUUCUCCCCUUUCCAACAGUUGGAGGAGGAGGGAGUGAUGCCCCGUUUGUUCUCCCUGAUUUUGCUCCCUGUCCUGAAACCCCUGGCGUAUCCUUUACCUGGGUAGUCGUCUUUGUUCCAGGACAAGAUGGUGAUUACCCAUCUGUGUGUCUUCCGCAGGAGAGUACACCAACUACUCCAGUCUUUACAUUGCCAACACCGCCUUUAACUAUCCCAACAACAACAACAACAACAACUACAACAGAAGAACCUUAUCAUUACCAUCACCAUCAUCAUUAUUCUUAUGGUUACCCGGCUGUUUACUUUUAUGAUUAUGUGUUCUAUGAUCCAAUAAUAGCCCCUGUCUACCAACCCUUCAUAUAUGAACCAGUGCUAGGUUGGUUUAGAUCUGACAACUCAGUAUUAGCAAAUGCCUCGAAAAAUACCUCAAAAUAUAUGUCAUCAGAAACAGGCUCCAAAAAAAAGCUUCAUGGAAAUUAUCUCCAAAAUAAAAGGGGUGGAAAUCAAAGAAAUAAGAAGAAUAAAACAUCGAGAAGAAAAAAAGAAAAUACAAAUGGGGAAAAAAAAGUUGUGAAAUCAGGUAGCUUUUCCAAAAAAUUAUCAGCUGUCAAUCAAGAUGGAGCUCUCGGAAGAAAAAGUAAAAGGCGAUCAAGGAAACAACGGAAAGUUUUGAAGAAGAAAGUCCAGAUUUCUCAAGAUCGCCAGACAAGAAAAGAAGAAUCUCAAGAUCACCCAAUAAGAAAAGAAAGAUCUGCGAUGACCUGGGAUGAAAUUGCAGAAUGGAGAAGAACCUGGAAACCAAACCCAACCAAACCAGGAAGAGCAGCUAGCAGACCAAAUAUAAACUAUAUUUCUCAACCAAUCCUGAAGCAUUCAAUAGGCAGCCAGCAAAUAAAAUCUUCUUCAAACCUGGUUAAUUUCAAAAAUUCCAACCUUCUCCCUGGUCAAUCACUGAACCAGCCAAAGCAGGAAAGCAUAAGCUCACAGGUUUCUGGAUUCCUACAGAGUGUUAUAAACAAAUAUUCUGGAGGUGGAUCUCCGAUAAUAAUAAAAAAUAAUCAGACAUCUGUACAAUCAAAGCUUGAAAAUAUCAACGGAAAAAAGCAUCACGGAAAUAUGGAAAAGAGAAUAAGGAGAAAAUUGAAACAAUUUAGCAAAUCAAGCAUAGACUCCAUGAUCAAUUUAUCUAAAUCAGAAAUAGGAACUCUUUCUAUCAACACAAAACAUCCUAAGACAGUUGAAAUCCCAUGGGCCAGACUCAAGAAGGUGUUAAAAUAUGGGUUAAGAGGACCGGAUGUAUCCAGCCGUGGUUUGAGUAAGUUUGCCAGAACCAACUUUAAUCUGAAGUCCAGCGAAAUACAAGAUCUACAGAGAUCAUACAAGAAAAAAACUAAAUUAAAGACUGAUCAACAAGUAUCUGCUUACCUGCUUCCCUUGCAGGGAGAUGAACAGGCAUUUGAAUACAAGGCACAUUACUGUGACUAUUUGAUUAAAAAGACAAAAAAGGGAGAUAAGAAAAGAAUGAGAAAAACUUGUAGAAGGUACAAGAGGAAGACCGAAAAGGAAAAGAAUAAAAGAAGAAGAUUGAAGCAUAAAGCAUAAAAAUGUUAUUUUUGAAUAUAAUUUAUUUAUAUAUAUUAAACCUAAGCAAUAUUAAAUGCCGUGA